UGGACCAAGAAUGUAACAGUGGGUAUAGUUGUAAAUAGUCAGAUUCUGAAUGUUUGGAAGGUCACGCCAACAGGCUUCUGUUGGUGGAAUGGAUUUAGGGUGAAGGAAAUAGAGGAGUCAGGGAUGAUGCCAGGAUUUUUGGCCUGAGUGGGUGGAAGGUUGGGAUUGCCUUUAAGUGAGAUGAGGAAAGUUGUGGGAGGAUCUGGUGUGAUGUUGUUGGUUGCAGGUGGGGUAAGGUGGGGAGAAGAUCAAGCCUUCUGUUUUUUACUUUUUAAGUUUGAAAUAAUUAGACAUUCAAGCAGGGGUGUUGAAUAGGCAGUUGGACAUCUGAGUCUGAAGUUCAGGGGAGGACUGGGACUGGUUACAUAAGCAUGUAGUUGGUAUUUCAAGGCCACAGGACUGGCUGAGAUCACCUAGGGUGUGUCUGUAACUGGAGAAGAGAAGUCCUGUAACGGAGCCCUGGGGGCAUUCUGAUGUGGAGAAGUUGGAGAGGAGAAGAGGAACCAGCAAAGGGGACUUGGGGAAUGGCUAACGUGGUAGGAGGAGAACUCAGUGGAUGGGAUCCCAGAAGCCAGUGAAGAAAAUAACUCAAGGGAAUGAGUGGACGGACUCUUCGCCACUGGAUCACCAGGGAAGUCCCAGCUUCUCUAUGUUUUAGAUUUUCUUUUUUUUUGGCCGAGCUGUGCGGCUUUUGGGAUUUUAGUUCUCUGACCAGCAUUCAAACCCAGGCCCCUGGCAGUGAGAGUGCAGAUUCCUAACCACUGGACCACCAGGGAAUUCCCUAGAUUACUCUUUGAAAGAAGAUGCCUUCUGCAUCCUGUGAUACACUCCUGGAUGACAUAGAAGAUAUUGUGUCACAAGAAGAUUCAAAGCCCCAAGAUAGGCAUUUUGCGAGAAAGCACGUUGUUCCAAAGGUGCGAAGGCGAAAUACCCAAAAAUAUUUGCAAGAGGAAGAUAGUCCACCAAGUGAUAGCACUAUUCCAGGCAUACAGAAAAUUUGGAUACGAACAUGGGGUUGUUCUCAUAAUAAUUCAGAUGGAGAAUAUAUGGCUGGACAACUAGCUGCUUAUGGAUAUAAAAUUACAGGAAAUGCAUCAGAUGCAGACUUAUGGCUCCUGAAUAGUUGUACUGUAAAAAAUCCGGCUGAAGACCACUUUCGAAACUCAAUUAAAAAAGCUCAAGAGGAGAACAAGAAAAUCGUGCUCGCUGGAUGUGUUCCUCAAGCCCAGCCUCGUCAAGACUACCUUAAAGGGCUGAGCAUCAUAGGGGUUCAACAGAUAGAUCGUGUGGUAGAAGUUGUGGAGGAAACAAUUAAAGGUCACUCUGUGAGACUGCUGGGUCAGAAAAAGGAUAAUGGAAAACGGUUGGGGGGAGCACGGCUGGAUUUGCCAAAGAUUAGGAAGAAUCCACUGAUAGAAAUCAUUUCCAUCAAUACUGGGUGUCUCAAUGCUUGUACCUACUGCAAAACUAAACACGCCAGAGGAAAUUUGGCCAGUUAUCCAAUUGAUGAGUUAGUAGAUAGAGCCAAACAGUCUUUUCAAGAGGGUGUUUGUGAGAUAUGGUUGACCAGUGAAGACACCGGGGCUUAUGGCAGAGAUAUUGGCACCAGUCUCCCCGCGCUACUGUGGAAACUGGUUGAAGUGAUUCCUGAGGGAGCAAUGCUGAGGCUUGGCAUGACAAAUCCGCCCUAUAUUUUAGAGCAUCUGGAGGAAAUGGCAAAAAUCCUUAAUCACCCCCGAGUCUAUGCAUUUCUGCACAUACCAGUCCAGUCUGCCUCUGACACUGUGCUCAUGGAAAUGAAAAGAGAAUACUGCGUGGCUGACUUCAAAAGAGUAGUGGAUUUUCUGAAAGACAAAGUUCCUGGAAUAACUAUUGCUACAGAUAUUAUCUGUGGUUUUCCUGGAGAAACAGACCAAGAUUUUCAAGAAACAGUGAAACUUGUUGAAGAAUACAAAUUUCCAAGUCUCUUUAUUAACCAAUUUUACCCAAGACCAGGAACUCCUGCUGCAAAAAUGGAACAAGUUCCAGCGCAAGUGAAAAAGCAAAGAACAAAAGAUCUUUCUCGAGUAUUUCAUUCUUACAAUCCGUAUGAUCACAAGAUUGGUGAGAGACAACAAGUGUUAGUCACAGAAGAAUCUUUUGACUCCAAGUUUUAUGUUGCACACAAUCGAUUCUAUGAGCAGGUUUUAGUGCCAAAGAGCCCCACAUUCAUGGGGAAAAUGGUCGAAGUGGACAUUUAUGAAUCAGGAAAACAUUUUAUGAAAGGGGAGCCAGUUUCAGAGGCCGAAGUAUACACGCCAUCCAUCAGCAAACCCUUAGCGAAAGGAGAAGUCUCAGGUUUAACAGAGGAAUUCAGAAAUAAGCUUGGGAAACACCUGAAUUCAGUAUCCCACACCUCAGCUGCAACUCAGCGAGAUUCGGCAAGUUCCAGAAAGGCACUACAAUUGCAGAGGCUACACCAGGACUGUGCACUGAGGAUGUCUGUGGGCCUGGCUCUGUUUGCUUUUCUUUUUGCUUUUUUGAUCAAAGUCUAUAAUUAAAAUACAACUAACUGAAGCAUCUGUGAAGAAUAACGGGUUCGAUCCCCUGGUUGAGGAAUUAAGAUCCCACAUAUUGCAAGGCACGGCCUUAAAAACAAGAAAAGAAAUCUGUAAAGAAGAAUAAAUUUCUAAUUAAAAUCUUCAAAGAAAAGGAGAGCGACCACAUCAGUUCUCAAAGGGCAAAAAUUUAUACUGGUCUCACCGCCUGCUCUUCAGCCACAGUCUUUAAUGAGGCUUACCCUGUCUCACAUUGAGCCGGACCCAUUGGUUAUUUGACGUAAAACCUAAUAACAGCUGCCAAAGCAUAUCUUUUCAAUUAAGCUCCCUUUGGUUUAUUUUUAGCAAGAAAUGCAAGUGAUUGCAUUUUCUUUAAAUCAAAUCACCAAUCUUCAAGUCAGAACCUAUUUGUACGGUGGGUCUGGUCACCUCUCCCUUGUGUGGGAAAAAUUUUCCAUUUUCAAUAAACAUUUUACAAUGUAUCUUUCUCUUUAUGCAUUGCUUGGGGUCCUGAUGCUACAACAUCUUAUUUUCCGUAGCAGGUGUGUUCCUGAAAAGUUUAUACGGAAACCUGUUUUUGGAACUUGAAUCCUUUUGGAAUGCACAGGGAGAGCCUGCCAGUUAAAGGGCUCCUGGCAACAUUUUGAGAACUGAGGAUCACCAACUUCUUUAGCACCUACAAACUUUCAAAAACUGAAUUUGUCUAAAACAAGCUCUGCCUCUUUUCUGACAUUUUUGAUCGAUUCCAUCAGCAGUUUGUUUCUACCUGACAACAUUGGCCUUUACUAAAUGAAGUGAUUUCUUUCACAAUAAAAGGAAUUGGUGUAACGAACAAGUCUCAUGACUGUCAGAAUUUAAGUAAGUUACUUGGAUUGUAUAGUCCCAGGGAAAUCAGGUGCCCAGUGGUUACUGUAGGGCAGUUGUCAUUUUUAAACCCCCACCCUUGUUCAGCUCUUCCCUUUAUCUCAAAAUGUUUUAUCCUUUUUUGUGUCUUUAAGGAAUCCAAAUUAAAAUUAUAUCAUGUCAGUGAGUUAAAAAAACAAAACAGAAAACUUGAGUGUUAGUACAUAUCUCUCGAAUCUGGUAUGUGCUUCUAAGAGGAGGUCACAUUUAAAAGGCAAGGAUCUGCUCAUCCUCUAGGAGCCCUGCAUUGAGACAGCCACUUGGGAUCAGCCUGUUCUGUCAGCAGGAAGAGGGAAACAUGGUAUCAGAGAGAGUAGAGGAGCUUGCUGUGCUUCCUUUCUUGAGAUACAUGCAGUCAUUUCUUUAUUAAUAAACAGAGUGGGUUCCAGCGUGGUACAUAUUCAGCAAAAACGUAGCAGAAGUGGAAAUACUACCAAAAGCCUAGAGUCACAAUAUAUAGGACAGAAGAAAAGCUUCACCUCUGGUACUGACUGGAGACAGAAAGCUUUUUAUUUUUCUAUUUCCCCAGUCUCACCCUUUACCUCUCACCCCUUCAUCUAUUUCCUUCCUCCCUUUUAACUCUGCACCCGUCUCUUCCCCACUCCCUUCAUUUUUAUUCCUGUAAGUGAGUGAUACACCCAGUGGUCCGACAGCACUACUGCCCCCUCACCAGCCAUGGUGGGGAUUCUCAGGGAUUAUUCAGCCAUGCAGGGUUGUCCCCACUCUGCCCCAAAUGUUACCCUCAGUUAGGCUGCAACUCCACUCUGCAAUUUGGUCGAGAAAGUUUGGUCCAGGAGACCUGCAGCAGGGACAAGAUCAUGCAUGAUAGCGGUCACCAUGUUGGUGAACAGUUGGCGAGGGGGUGGUCGUGGUCUGCAAAUCCAGCUUACUUUUUUCCACGACCUCCUGCUAGAGGGAGAAGAGAGAGAAAGGUGGGUGGGUGGUGACCACUCGGUUAUCUUGUGGACAGAACUCUGAGCACAACUGAGCCUGGGAGCCGUUGGGGGCAAGUGUGGCACCAGCAAAACUGUUCCCUUUCCGGCUCCUGCCCUUCCUGCCCAUAGUGCAGUGGCCCAUCUUUUACCCCUUUGGGGUUAGGCCUGAUGGUGUGACCUGCUUUGGCACAUGCAAAGAGAGUGGAAAGGUCACGUCUUUCUUUGGGACAGACACUUUCGAAUCCGGUCUGCCCUGUACUCUUCCCGCCACAGAGGUGAUUUUGAACGCACAUGUCGGGAUGACGCUUCCCCCAGCCUGGGUCCCUGAGGAAGCACAAGGAGCAUAGCCUCCUGCCAGCGUGUGCUUGACAUUGUGUAGGACAAGAAAGGAGCUUGUGUUCUGUUGUGUCACCGAGAUUUGGAAGCUGUUACCAUCGCAUAAGACCACCUAUCCUGAUUCACACAGAGUCAGGCAUGGUAGAACAAUUGACAUAUUUUUUCAUGUUUUUUCUUGGUACCAAAGUCUUUUCUUUCUUUCUUUAAUGUGGCUCUCUCCACUAAAAAGGAAAUCUGUGAAGAGAUCUGUCUUCGUUCAUUCAGGCUGCUAUAACAGAAUACCACAGAUCAGGUAGCUUCUAAGCAACAGAAAUGUGUUUCUCACAUUUCUGGAGGCUGGAAGGUACAAGAUCAAGGUGCCAGCAGAUUUGGUAUGUUGUGAGGGCCCACUUCCUGGUUCAUAGAUGGCAGUCUUCUUGCUGUGUCCUCAUAUGGCAGAAGGGGCAAAGGAACUUCCUCAAUCUUUCUUUUAAGGGUACUUGUCCCAUUCAUGAGGGCUCUACCUUCAUGACCUAAUCACCUUUCAAAGGUGGAGGCAGGAGAGGACAAUAUUCAGUCUAUAGAAAGAUUUUUUUUUUAAUACUUUGGCCAACUUUUUCUAAUUCUUUAUUAAAGUGAGACAAACAUGAAAAUGCAUAUGCAUGUACAUAAAUACAGGUACAUAAAUCAUAAGGGAGCAGCUUGAUGGGUUUUCUUCUCUUUUUUCCCUUGGCCGGGUUGGGUCUUCAUUACUGUGUGUGGGCUUUCUCUUGUUGAGGAGAGCGGGGGCUACUCUUCAUUGCUGUGCACAGGCUUCUCAGUGUGGUGGCUUCUCUUGUUGUAGAGCAUGGGCUCUAGACGCACAGGCUUCAGUAGUGGCAGCACUUGGGCUCAGUAGUUGUGGCUUGCAGGCCCUGAGAGUGGAGGCUCAGCAGUUGUGGCGCACGGGCUUAGUUACUCCACGGCAUGUGGGAUCUUCCUGGCCCAGGGAUCGAACCCGUGUCCCCUGAAUUGGCAGGUGGAUUCUUAACCCCUGUGCCACCAGGGAAGUCCAGCUUGAUGAACUUUCAAAAAGUGAACACACAUUGUAACCAGCACCAACAGGCUUCCCAUGUACCUUCCCACUCGCUAACUCUGUUCCCCCAAAGGUAACUGCUAUCUGUAUUUCUAACAUCGCAGAUUGGUCUGCCUGUUCAUGAACUUCAUAUAAAUGGAAUCAUACAGCAGGGGCUGUUUUGUGUCUGCCGCCUUUGGCUCAAUGUUGCGUGUGAGAUGCAUCCUGGGUGUUGUGU